UAUCGCUCACCUACUCGUAUUUACGUGUAUCGGUACAUCUCUAGUAUCAAAUUUUAUCUGUCAGUUUGAGGCAUAUAAAAUGAAUGUGCUUGGAAAAACAGUAUUACUGGCGCUUCUGCUGCUCGCAGGAUUCCUGGUGUUUACCACUGCACAGAGUAAACAAAAGUCGGGCCUGUCGUUAUCGGAAAAGGUUCGCAAUUUGCAAGAUAUGAAUAUGAAAAAGGCACUACUACGUUUUAAUGGACAAAAAUUCCGCGAAUAUAUUAGGAAUGCGCCGCGUAACUAUUCUGUUGUGGUCAUGCUGACAGCGUUGGCUCCUUCACGGCAAUGCCAAAUAUGUCGCCAUGCCUAUGAUGAAUUCACCAUUGCAGCUAACUCUUACCGUUACUCGCCAACCUACUCGAAUAAAUUAUUCUUUGCAAUGGUUGACUUCGAUGAGGGCUCCGAUGUAUUCCAGUCACUAGGCAUCAAUACAGCACCAGUUUUUAUGCAUUUCCCUGCUAAGGGUAAGCCAAAAGGUCUCGAUACUAUGGAUAUUCACCGAGUCGGAUUUGCUGCUGAAGCGAUUGCGAAAUUCGUACACGAGCGCACCGACAUACAAAUACGCAUUUUCCGACCUCCAAACUACUCCGGCACAGUUGCAAUGAUAACCCUGGUUGCUCUGGUGGGCGGUUUCCUCUACAUACGUCGCAAUAACUUAGAGUUCCUAUAUAACAAACAAAUUUGGGGCGCUGUUGCGUUGUUCUUUUGUUUCGCCAUGAUUUCAGGACAAAUGUGGAAUCACAUACGUGGUCCACCGCUGGUUCAUAAAAGCAAGAACGGCGGCGUGGCAUAUAUACAUGGUUCAUCUCAAGGACAACUGGUGGUGGAGACUUACAUCAUUAUGUUCUUAAAUGCCAUGAUUGUGUUGGGAAUGGUUCUGCUUACAGAAUCUGGUUCACAAAGUGAUCAUAAAAGAGCGCGUAUAAUGGCCAUAGCGGGGCUGUUGUUGGUUGUAGUGUUCUUCUCUUUCUUGUUAUCUGUGUUUCGCUCCAAGGCGCAGGGAUAUCCUUACAGUUUUCUUUUCAAGUAAAUAAAUCAACGAGACUCACCCACUUCGUCUUUUUGCCUGCGCCAAUGCAUUCAAAAAUAUUCUUAGUGCAUUUUUUCCGUGUACAAUUUAUUUUAAGAAGAAACAAGAGAUGUUAAAAGAAGUUCAAUAAAACUGUAUUGAAACAUA